AUGAGCUCCCAUGCUGGAGGCUCUGGUGUAAGCAUCUCACGUGGAGUGACAGGUCAUGAAUCUGAGGAUCCGCAUGAAGAAAACAGCAACGAUGAACCUUACACCCCACACUUGAUGGCAGUGAGGCCUCAGCUGAGGAGCGCUGAUCCAGCCGGAAGAGGAAGAUCAAGCAGUGUGGAGCAGCUGGGGAGACUUUCCUUACCCGGGAGGAAAGCUCGCAGAAAGACCUGCACUGAAGACGACAGAGGAAGAUGGAGAGAAGGAAACCAAGUAAGUGAAGAGGAGAGAAGAAGUGUUGAACGUGCAGAAGGAAGGGUCAGAGGGAAGCAAAGGCAGUGGAAGACUGAAAGAACACAUGGAGCUGGAGCCCAGGAAAGAUGUCAUUCUGACAUGCAGUUAAAUUGUGCUUUAGAAGUUGAAGAAGGAUCAAACAACUUACAGGGAGGACAAACAUGUCCCAGAUUUAUCUGUAUCGGCUGCUCCCAGACCAACACCGUCAGUUUGAUUGCCCAGUCCCCUUGGCCCACAGUGAAGCCCAUGUCUUCUUCUCCCCCUCAACUUUCCAUCCCAUCCAGCUCCACACCACUGCAAGCUCAGAGGCUUUCCCUCAGGACGGCUGCAGAAGGCCUGCACCACCACCCACCCAGUUCAUCCAGAGAGCCUGAGCCGUUCUGGUUGCAGGUGAGAGAUGGAACAGCGACUGCACGAUCAUCACAAAGUCACCAUAGCUCAGAGUUGGGAGAAGAGGAGGAGGAGGAGGACAAUGACGAAGUAGAGGGUGAGGACGUGGAAGAUGGCAAGGAGGAAGGCCGCGGUGUGAUGGAGGUGACGAGCCAAACCACGACGGUGGCAGUGGUGCCACACUGCCUUCCUUUUGGGGAGCGAAGGAUGUGUAAAAGAGAGAAGAACAGGAUUAAGUGUUUGAGGAGGAGGCAAAGGAGAAGAGAGAGGUGGAGACAUGAGAGCCGACAGAGUUCAACAGAAAACCCAACCACCAGCAGCAGCAGCAGCAGCAGCAGCAGCAGCAGCAGUGAGGACGAUGAGGACGUGAGCACCAGGGACAAAGAAGGUUACAUCUGUGCUGUGUGUUUGGACGUGUACUUCAGCCCUUACAUGUGCCACCCGUGCAGCCACAUCUUCUGUGAACCCUGUCUGCGGACGCUGGCUAAGAGCAGCCCCGCCAACACCCCCUGCCCCCUCUGCAGAACAAUCAUCACGCACGUCUUCUUCCAGAAGGAGCUAAACCAAACCACGAGAACAUUUUUCCCGAAGGAAUACCUUUCUCGGAAACAGAUUUUUCAGAAAGCAAGUUGUGCAAAGUGGCCUCUCCCAAGCUGCAGAAAGCUCUUCCGUAUCUUUGGAGGCUUCCAGAGGCAGAACAGUCCCAUUGCCAGACGCCAGUUCCCCCACGGAGGCAGCUUCCAUCAGGAUGCCAUGGACUUUGAAGACGACUCUCAAGGCUGGCGCUUUGACAUGGACAUGGUCAUCAUCUACAUCUACUCAGUCAACUGGGUUAUCGGCUUCUUCAUAUUCUGCUUCCUCUGCUACCUCUUCUUCCCUUCUUUUUGAUCAUUAAAAUCAUUAAAAUGGGGGAUUGGUGUAGUGGGAUGUUUGGGAAUCUAUUGUUCACAUGACGUGUGGAUGUCCCGUGUCUGUACAGUGUACGGAUGGAAUCAAUAUACAGUAGCAACUCUUAA